CCCCUCAACACCGAUAAGCUGCCACUCUACUCGCCAAGAUAAAACUGGAUAGUAAACACACGUUCUCUCACUCAUGGCGUCGACGAGUGCCCUGAUUGCUCAGUUAUCAAACUUGCAUGGGACGAGACCUAGGUUCUCCUCCGUCUCCUCCUACAAACUAAGUCCAAAUGGUAAUCGACUCCAUACGUGGAUUCUAUCUCAGUCUGGUUGUCGGACACUUGGGCACAAAUGUAGAUCUCUUCGAAUUUGUGCUCUAUUUGGAGGAAAAAAGGAAAAUAACGAGAAGGGCGACGAUGCACCUUCAAAGGCAGGAUUCCUGGGAAACAUGCAAAAUUUAUACGAGACUGUGAAAAAGGCACAAAUGGUGGUUCAGGUUGAGGCUGUGCGAGUACAAAAGGAACUUGCUGCAGCGGAAUUUGAUGGUUAUUGUGAAGGUGAGCUAAUAAAGGUAACACUAUCUGGGAACCAGCAACCUAUACGCACUGAAAUCACCGAGGCUGCAAUGGAGUUAGGACCAGAAAAACUCUCUCUUUUGAUCACUGAGGCAUACAAGGAUGCACAUCAGAAGAGUGUACAAGCCAUGAAGGAAAGGAUGGGUGAUCUUGCCCAGAGCUUAGGAAUGCCACCAGGCCUUGGCGAAGGAUUCAAGCAAUGAUGUUUCUCUCUGACACAGCCACACAGGUAUCCGUGACAGAGCUUCAGUUUUGUAUACUUGCCGGGAAGAGCUGCUCAUUUCUACUGACUUCGAAAUUCGGAUCUCAAUUUUACAUGGUUAGCUAUUUGGAACCUGUGAUCUUUGUCCUUCCCGCUUAAUACCUUGUAUCUGUUGCACUUGUAACUUAUUCACUGAGAACCCCCACCUACUAUAAAAGAGAGAUUUCCCCCUGCGCCGGGGGGGGGGGGGGGGGGGGGGGGGG